AAGAGGAGACCGUGGGGAGAGGGGGCCGGAGGAGAGGUAAAGAGCAUGAAAGUAGUCUUCGUUUUGGCGUCUGUACGUACUUUUGUGCCGCUCCACAUAGCAUGGUAAACGAUGUGGUUAACGCCGUUGUGAUAUGGAGCUAGAGAUCUGCGCCAAGCAGCGACUACGGCCGCUUGAUGGUGGUGAUGAGAGCUCGAUGGAGAAUUAAUCGCGAAUCGCGGAGAAAUUGUUUUUGCUCUUACGUCUAAAACUUGCGUGAAAUGACAUCUCAUGCUUGGACGUCAUGGGAACGAUUUCCAUCUGUCAGCACCACAGAAGCUCCGACUUGACAGCGCUGAUUACGGUGGUUUUCUUCGUAUUGCUAACCGUCACUCUUAGCGCAAGGCACCUUGGCUACGGUCCCCGUGCCUUCCUGUCCAGUGCAUCGGGUGCUUUCUGCCAGGAAUGCUUAGGACAACAAGAAAAUCGGAAGGGCGUCGAGCGGCACGUCGACCUAAACGAAUCGGCGAAGAACAUCUUCUUCCUUGAGACUGCUGGCGUGUCGUGCAUCAGCGAGCGGGCUGCUUGCUCCAUCGAGUCGGCAGCUCUCCGGCAUCCGUACUACAGUGUGUGGCUUCUGACCAUACUGGACAUGCAGGAUUGCAGGCCUCUCAAGAACUUGCUACAGGUACCAAACUUCCGGCUGCUCAACAUUGACCUAAACUCAAUGGUCAAAGACAGUGUCCUCGUGCACUGGUAUAUAAAGGACGACUGGAACCACAGUCCUUUCCGUGUAAACCACCUGAGCGACGCCUUGAGGCUGCUGAUCCUGUGGAAGUACGGUGGCAUCUAUGCGGACAUGGACGUGCUCACCCUAAAGAGCUUCAGCGAACUGCGAAACGUCGUCGGCCGAGAGCUCUUCCCCGACGUCGGGAACAGCGUCCUGGUCUUCGACAGAGGGCAUCCCUUCCUCCUGCGUUGCCUUGAAGAGUUCAACAGAACGUACAAAUCUCGCAAGUGGGCCCACAACGGACCCCGGCUCCUGGAACGCGUGCUGUCCUGGUUCUGUCCGCGGAACCUUCUCAGGAAACUCCCACUCGUCGAGUGCACCGGCGUCACGGUGCUCCCCGGCACUGCCUUUUAUCCCAUCAACUACCUGGAGUGGCAGAAACCGUUUCAGAGAAACUCGACGGCGGCGGUGUUGCGGGCCACAUCCGAUAGCUACGCCCUGCACCUGUGGAACUCGUAUAGUCGAGGCGCAACGGUGGAGCGCGGCUCUGCUUACGACAUGCUGCGAAAGAAGUUGUGUCCUAUAACGAACAGGCUCACGAAGAACCGCAGCGACCGUAAGAAAAGUUCUGGACGCUGAAGAAGCACAACCGUGAGGUGACGAACAGCGUUGGUCACCAUGGUUGUAGCCAAAACGUCUUGAUAAUUGUGUCAUUUGCUUAUACAUGUGGCGACAGUGGCGAAUUAUUUUUGCGUUGUGU